CCAGACGUUUCUAUACUUGUGGGUAGGGCCAACUGUACAUGCUGGCCUCUCCAUAUAUCUCAACUUCUUGAGGCUACUUUCCAAAGCCGGCCCACCGUGGCUAGUGAAACAAUUCAGAAUUUUUCGAACCGAAAGGACAGAUCUCAUACUUUCGACCUUCAGACUUUUCAAUACGGUACCCUGCCGUCGACACCCACUUUUAUUGUUCUGAUCCAUCUGGCAUCAUGAAUUUGACGGAAUGUGAUGAAAGGGGGGCAGACUGUAAGGAUAGACGGGCCUCGGAUGCGUCAAAAUCUUCUCUUGGAGCAGUAUCAAUGGACGAUGAAAAUCCGUUAAUGACUCUUGUAGAUGCUGCCGCUUCAAUACUAGGAACCAAAGUAGCCCGACGAGAAGUAUCUGUUCCAGGCUCUCCUUUGGGGCCGCAAAUUAAUGUUUGUAGUGAUGCAAAGGCAAGCGGUUUAACUGUAAAAGAAAGCCCCAACGUCAUUCCCGGAACAAAGGAGGAUUUGUUUGGCAGUUCGUCAAUAAAGCUGACAUUCGCAGAACAGCUCUUUGAUAUUUUGCAGAACGAAGAAAACCAUGAUGUUCUCCAAUGGAUGCCUGAUGGAUGCUCUUUUAUAAUCGUGAACCAUAAGAAGUUUAUUCUCGACAAAAUGCCUAAGUUGUUCAACAUUCGCAACAUGUCAUCGUUUGUGAGAAAAUUGGGACGGUGGGGGUUCAGCCGCGUUCAUGAGAAAGCGACGAGAAAUUCCGAUAUUUUUAGACACCCCUUUUUUGUCAGGGAAAUGCGCGAGGAGUGUCGGAAGAAGGUUAAAUGUAUCGGCCGGAUUCCGUCCUCUUCAAAUUCAAAGCCUUCGGUUGGUCAGGUGAACGGUGUUCCCUACAAGCAACAUUUAUAUUCUGUUCUACACGAUAGGCAUUUAGAUGAUGUCUGCCCACGGUAUGGAGACAGAUCCGAUGUGCCUCGUUCCACGUCUCAACCUAUGUCGAAUCUAAGCGAAGGGUCACGUUCGUCCUUGUACCGUGACGAUCUGUUGCCAUCACAAGGAGUCCAUCUUACCCAAAGUUCCCCAAAUAGAGUGACUUUUCUUGACGAGCAUCUGCAUCGUGUACUUCCAGAGCUACCCUUUUCCAACAAAUCUUUGUUGCCUUCCGGAUUACCGGCAAACCUUCCUUUGUUCAACAAAUCCAAGAACUCUGAUCUUCAGUACCGAGGCAAGGAAGGUGUGUUCGUAAAGGCAUCAGCUACCUCUGAGACCUCUGCAGCGGCCCUGUUCUCACAGUAUGAGAAACAGCUUCAAGAACACCAAAUCAAACGAUCCUCCUUAGCGAGCCAGCUCUCGCAGCAAUCAGCUUACGAAGAAGCGAGGUGGUUGUCUGAGCUUGAUCAUCAGCUUGCUGAACAGCAAGUUGCUCUAGAGCAGCGGAGAGUGGCUUUGGAACAACAAAGAAUAAUAAAGCAACGGCAGGUCCUAAUGGAGCAAAGACAAGCAAUGGAAAAGCGCUUUGGUGGCCAGGUUUUCGAUCCGAGAUACUCUCAAGCCACGAAAGGUACAGGGUCACUACAGGAGGAGUCUAGAGGGAACGACAACCUGACAUCAUCAAUAGCUGACAAUCUUCAACGUGGCAGAGAUGGGGUUUGUUUUACACCGAACAUGAGUAGAAAGGAAGCCAUCCGCGCUCUUCUUUGGGAAGAGCGCGAACUAGGGUUCACUGGAGGUCGAAGAUGAAAGGCCUUUAGUCAGACCCGAAUUCAUAGAGUUUGUUUAUACUUGAAUGUAAUACAGCUACCAGUAAAAGGUAAUUUAACUAAGAGGGGCGC